AGAGGGUGGAGGGGGUGAGAAGCUGACGAAAUGGACACGAAAAGAGAGAGUGGAGGAAGAGAGCGGGCUGUCUCAUUAGGGGGGGAGUAGCAAGGUGUAUAUAAGUUUUUGCGUGAGAGACUGACUUGAUUUGUAAACUUUCACUUGAAGCACAACAAAAAUUAUUUAAAAAAAAAACAACACUGUAAUAGAGGUUAAGAACAUAGACUUUAAAAGCAGACAGCAUAGAUUCAAGACCUCGCUCCACCACGUACCUGCUGUGAGUUCUCAGCCGAGUGACUUCACUUGUCUGUGUCUCAGUUUCCUCAUGUGUAAAAUGCGAUAAUAACAGCACUGUCCUCGUAGACUAGUUGGGAGGAUUAAAUAAGCUAAAACGUGUGGAGUGUUUAGAAUGGUUCCUGGGUGCAGAGUUAAUACUAUGUACGCAUUGGCUGCUGUUAUUACUGUUGUGGUGGUUGUUAUUACUGUUACGAUUUGCCAUUCCCCUAAUUUCCAGUGCACUUUCACACAUCUAAGGCCCCUGGGUGGCGCAAACCAUUAAGCACUCGGCUGCUAACUUAAAGGUUGGCAGUUCGAACCCACCUGGUGGCUCCACUGGAGAAAGGCCUUGUGAUAUGCUUCUGUAAAGAUUACAGCCAAAGAAAACCGUAUGGGGCAAUUCUGCUCUGUAACACGUAGGGUCACCAUGAGUCAAAAUUAGCUUGAGGACAAUGGGUUUUUUUUGGUUUUCAUACUUCUGGGCCUUUGCUAAAUCUGUUCCCUCUACCUGGGAUGUUUCCCCAAACCUCUGCACCUGUUAACACACUGCCCACCCUUUCAGACUCAGAUCAGUUUCUUCCCUGAUCCUCACCCAUCCACCCACCGAACCUUCCCCACCCCAUCAGCCACGGCCCCUUCUCUGACCUCCGUGAUCACACGACCCGUUUAUCCCCCAAAUCAAGCUCUUAUUUCAUGCUGGAUUGUCCAGUUACUUGGAGAACAGGUGACAGGUGAGCUCUUUGCUGGGGGAUGGCAGGAGGCCUUCAGAUUUGACUUGGGGCUUCACUGGCGCAAAGAAGGUACCUCAGUGCCAAGAAAUAGCCUCAAGGUGUUCCAAGAAGGCCAGCCAUCGGCAGCUGAGGUCAGAGGAGGCUGCCUGACAGUGUGCAGCCCCUUUGGGGUAUGGGGUUUCCUUAGUUAAUAAGAGCAUGGGCUUGGAGUCUGGCAGCCCCAGGUUCAGAUCGAGGCUUUAAAAUUUAGUUCUGUAUGGCCUGUGGUCAUUAUUUUUGUACCUUUCUCAUCUUCAUUUAAAAAACGAUACGAUGGUAAAAAAAAAAAAAAAUCCAGUGCCAUCAAGUCGAUUCCGACUCAUAGUGACCCUAUAGGACAGAGUAGAACGGCCCCAUGGAGUUUCCAAGGAGCGCUUGGCGGAUUCGAACUGCUGACCCUUUGGUUAGCAGCCAUAGCACUUAACCACUAUGCCAGCAGGGUUUCCACGAUAGUAAAGGGUCAGCAAAAACGAGAGAAACUCUCAAUGAAAUGGAUCGGCACAAUAGCCACAACAAAUGGGCUCAGGCAUAUUAAAGAUUACGAAGAUGGUGCAAGACCGGCCCAGGACGUUUCGUUCUGUUGUACAUAAGGUCGCCGUGAGUCGGAGCCGACACGACAGCGACUAGCAACAACAGCAUCACUUGCAUCGGUGGGUUUUUGUGAGAAUCUGGUUGGGUUUCUUUUAUGCCGCAAGUAUCUAUUGAGCACUUGCUGUGUGCCAGGCUCUGUGCUGGGCACCAGAUCCAGCAGUGAAUGAGACAGACCCUAUCCCUGCCCCUGGGGGGCUGCCGUUUUUAGGGGAGAAGAUAGACAAGGAGGGAAAGUUCAUAAUGACAGCGCCAUUGCCCCAGGAGGUCGCGCUGGGAAGGAAAUGGUCCGUGGCAAACCUGUGCAUGGUCUUGGACAUAACAGGCCCUCAGCAGUUGGUGCCUGCAAUUAUUACUAUUGCUCUUACCGUAAUUAUUAUAAAAAGGAGUCCAAAAGGGAAAGGAAGUGUUAUAGGAAAAAGGGAUAGUCUCAGUAACAGCACAGGUAGGAGAAGGCAUUUGGCGUGAACAUAAUAAUCAUCUUUUCGGUUGCUGUCAAGUCCGCUCCGACUCAUGGCAGGCAACCUUAAUGUGUAAGAGAAUGAUACGUUGCCUGGUCCUACAUCAUCUCCAUGAUCUUUGAUAUGUUCGAGCCCAUUGUUGUGGUUGUUGGGUCAAUCCAUCUCAGUGAGGCUUCCUCCUUUUGCUGACCAUCUGCUUUACCAAACAUGAUGUUUUUUUUCUAGCAAUGGGUCUUUUCCUGCUGAUGUGUCCGAAGUUACCAAGGCGAAGUCUCACCAUCCACGCUUCUAAGGAAUCAUAGACAGUGUUUACUGAUGCCCUAGUGUGUGCCAGGUACACUGCUGAAGGUUUGCUAGGUACAGACCCCUCACCUCAUCCUGGGAGCUGCUUUUGUUAGCCUCCUUUUAUGGAUGAAGAAAAUGGGGCACAGAGGUGUUGGGCCACUCGUCUCGGCAAGCGGAGGAGCUAGGAUUUGAACCCAGGAAAAAAAAAAAAAGAUUUUUUCUUUUUUUUUUAUUCUUACCUCACCAUUAAAUAUGGGUGAGGGCUUCCGUAGGUGAGUAAUGGGAGGUGAAUAAUGGAAGAUGAGUGAUGGAUGGGGCCUGGGGCCUGGCGGGGAGGGCUUGAACUUGGCCUUGAACCCUGAAGGUCAUGGGGCGUGUCCUCCUGUUGGAUCCCUGGUUGACCCCAAGACACACAAGGUGGGGAGUUACGGCACAUCUUUUUUCAUGAUCCGGAACAGCCAGUGGCAUGAAGUCCCUCCAAGAGUGAGUGGGAAAGGCCGGAUCCUCCUCUCAGCUCCUUUUGGUCUGGUCAGCCUGUGGGUGGCAAGGUCCCUGUAGGGGUGGGCUCAUCACAGGAAGUGCUGGGACAGGUUGACCUGUGGCUGGGAGCCCACAUUUAAAGGUGAGAAUGCUCAGCUGCCUGCUCCUUCAUUGAAAGGAGGCGUUUUUUCACUGUUUCCUUUGUCCCAACUCUGCUUUCUGGGACCUUCUCCACUUAGUACUGGGCACAGGGAGAGCCCAGGCAAAGGGGGUAAUGAGGACCUGAGGGACUGGCGUCUCACUUUAGCCAUUCCUUUCAGAAAUAUCAAUGACUUGCUGGGUCCUGAGCAAACAGGCGCCUUGAGGAGCGCUCUCAUCUUUUUGUGUGUAAUGUCACUGAAACCUCAAGAUGAGUGGUGAGGCAGGCAGCGAGAGGAGGCCUGGUGUGGGAGGAUAGGGGCUUUUGAGUUAGACACCCUUGAGCUGAAACACCAGCUGUCUUGCUCCAGACACUUCUCUCUGGGCCUCAGUUGCCUUGCCUGUAAAAUGGGGACCAUAAUAGUGACAAUCUCAUGGGUUGCUGUGAGGUUUACAGAUAAUGGUUAUGUGUCUCUUGAUGGGAAAUCCUGGUGGCGUAGUGGUUAAGUGCUAUGGCUGCUAACCAUAAAGGUCAGUAGUUCAAAUCCACCAGGCGCUGCUUGGAAACUCCAUGGGGCAGUUCUGCUCUCCUACAGGGUUGCUAUGAGUCGGAAUCGACUCGACAGCAGUGGUUUUUUGGUUUGGGCCUCCUGAUGCAUACCGAUUACUAGUUUCCAUCAAGUCAGCCCCAAGUCACGGCGACCCCGUAUGUGUCAGAGUAGAACUGUGCUCCAUAGGGUUUUCAGUGACUUAUUUUUUGGAAAUAGCUUGCCAGGCCUUUCUUCUGAAGAUCCUCUGGGUGGACUUGAGCUGUCAACCUUUAGGUUAGCGGCUGAACACGUUAACUGUUGGCACCUCCAGGGACUCCACCUGAUGCAUAUUGUUGCUGUUUGGUGCCAUCGAGCUAGUUCCAACUCAUAGUGACCCUUUGUACAACAGAACGAAACACUACCCAGUCUUGCGCCAUCUUCGCAGUCAUUGCUGUGUUUGAACCCAUCAUUGCCUGAUGCCUAGAGAUGCCCAAUAAUUCAUAGCACCAAUGAUGAUCUUGUUCUUCACUCAUUUUACAGAUGAGAAAACUGAGGCUCAGUUUAAAGCACUUCUCUGCCCUUGUUCCCGGAGAUACCUAGGCAAACGUGCAUAUGAAAUAAGAUUUCGAAAAGGUUCCCAGGCCCUCCCAGAGUCCUGAGCUAUUUCCCUUUAGGAAAGGGGUGCUCAACCACUUCGAACCUGGCAGCGAAUCUGGUGAUGGACCUUGAGGAGAUGCUCUCCUCCCUCGGGGUUUCUCGCUGUGAUUUUUUAAGUGCACUGGAAACCUUGGAAAUUCUUCCUCUUCUACGCGCUUGGAGGCACACACGAGAAGGAGGAGGGUCUCCCCACCCCGAGCUGGGCUGUGUUUGUACAGGAGGGAGGUAGAAGGACAGGUUAGUGCCCUUGGCAUUGUAUCCCCAGGUAUAUGCUUCCUCAGAACUAGGACCAGCAAAUCACGCUCUUAAAUCCCACCCCUGGCCCCAGUAAUAUACCCCAAAUAUCCUCAGGAUGAAAUCUAAAUGCUUCUGGGAUAAACCAAGAACAAAAAAAGGUCUAGGUCACCCCGUCUGGGAACAUGGCAUCCAGCAAGGAUUUAUUACUUGCUGACUGUGUGCUUGGUCAAGUCUUUUCACCCUUUGGCUGUCAGCCAUGGCAAAACCUCCAUGAUAAGGAAGCAAGCAGAAGAGCCCUAAACAAUAGUGGUGGGUAAGGAGCAAGAGGAAAGUUAGCCAAAGACUUUCUAGGCAAGAAACAUUGGGACAACCUUUCCAUGAAGAUAUUCCAGAGCCGGCCUCCUAUGGGGAAACUCAAAUCCAGACCCUGGGGCAUAAGCAAGAGUGGUCAGCUGGCCCCAAACAUCACCCUGAGUUUUCAAGACAGCUUUGCAAAUAAAUUUUGCUUAAGGUUUGGAGCGCUGGUGCAAUAGCGGUUAAGAGCUUUGCUGCUAACCAAAAGGUUGGCUGUUCGAAUCCACCAGCUGCUCCUUGGAAACCCUAUGGGGCAGUUCUACCCUGUCCUAUAGAGUCGCUGUGAGUUGGAAUUGACUCGACAGUAGGAUUUGUUUGUUUUUUGUCAAAACAGAUUUUUGUUUUUUAAAUAAUAUUGCAUUCUCAGUGAAGGUUUACACAGCAAUUGAGGUUCCCAUUCAGCAAUUUCUACACAUGUUGUUCAGUGACAUUGGUUACAUUCUUCACAAUGCGUGAAUAUUUUCAUUAUUUCCAUUCUGGUUGUUCUGUUUCCAUUAAUCUAGUUUCCCUGCCUCCUUACAGUCUCAUCUUUGUUUUAAAGUAAUUGUUGACUGGUCUCAUAUAGGUGAUUUUUUAAAGGAGCACAGUACUUAAGCGCGUUAUUCAUUAUUUUAUGAGCCAGUCUAUUAGUUAGCAAGGUGACCUCAGGGGUUAGUGUCAGUUCAGGAUUUUAAGAGUGUCUCAGGGCAGUAGCCUCGGGGGUCCUCCAUUACUGGUCCGGUACGUCUGGUUUUUUUGCAAGGAGGAUUUAAGUUCCGUUCCAUGUUUUUCUCCAGUUCCAUCAGGGUCCAUGUAUUGUGGCCCUGAUCAGAACAGUUGGUAGUGGUAGCUGAGCACCAUCUAGUUCUUGUCACAGGGUAGAUGGGCCAUGGUUCAUGUAGACUAUUAGUUCUCAAAACAGACCUUUUUAAAAUCAUGCUAGUGGGCUGGGGGAAGACUUUGAGUAGUAAGUAUGCAGAGACCAAAAAGCUUGCUAUGUGCCUAUAUCAGUUAGACUGUGAGUAGUAGAAACCUAAUUCAAAAUAAAUUAAGGUGGGAGAAAAGAGGAAUUUAUUAGCUCAGGUAAAUGGAAAGUCCAAGGCAGAUUGCUUGCAGGUUAAGCUGUAUCCAGGUGCUCCAACAUGUUCGGUUACUACCUCUUUCCUUCUCUUUCAAAUAUGCUUUCGUCUAUCGUGUCUUCAUUCUUAGACCUGGUUCCUCCAGUAACAGUUCCAGGCACACGUGCUACUAGGUUAGCAACCUCAACUAAAAGAGUAUCAUUUCCCCAGUAUUCUUGCAGAUCCUGGGCUUGAUUAAUAUUGGCCUACCUGGGGUCUUGUGCCCACCUCUGAACAUCUGUGUCAUCUCACUGGCCAGGCGUGAGUCACUGACCCUUGGUAUGGGGUCAGCCCCCUCCUAGUCACAAGGACUGUGACCCAGAAGAUGGGAGGUGGGUUCGGGGCAGGCAGAGUAACAGAUGCCCACUCCGGUGCCCAGCAAGUUGGAGCAGAAAUGAAAGGGAAAGGCAGGAUUUCUGCCCUGAGGGAGAAAGUAGAGAAGGGAACUGCUGUUAAUUGAGCAUUUAUUCUGCCCCAGUAUGGCCUCCGGGCCUUUAUGUGUAUGUAGCUGCUGUCUCUUAUUUCACAAAUGAGGAAAUGAGGCUCAGAGAGGUUCAGUGACUUGCCUAAGGCCACCCAGCCAAUAGCUGGGGAAUUCAAAAUCAGGUCCAUCUUCCUGCAAAACCUGUUCUCUUUCUACCAUCCUGUGAAGCCUGUGUACCAGGGGGCAGUGGUGGUUCAGUGGUAGAAUUCUUGCCUUCCAUGUGGGGGACUCGGGUUCUAGUCCCAGCCAGUGCAUCUUAUGCGCAGCCACCACCUAUCUGUCAGUGGAGGCUUGCAUGUUGCUCUGAUGAUGAACAGAUUUCAGCAGUUUCCAGACUAAGAUGGACUAGGAAGAAAGGCCUGGCAAUCUUCCGAAAAUCAGUCAGUGAAAACCCUAUGAAUCACAACAGCCUGGUCCACAACCGAUCAUAGGGAGGGUACAGGACUGGACAACUUUUUCUAUUGUGCACAGGGUCGUCCUGAGUCGGGGAACAACUUGACAGCAACUAACAACAGCUGUGUGCCUUGCUCUACUUGAGUGGAUAAAAUGUUCAAGGACUCCAGGUCGUAAAUGCUGACUGUCAUAAGUCAACUCUGUGGUAUGUUAAAAGAUGCCCUGGUGUGACCUCCUGUGGCUGACAGAGGCAGGCCUGCCCUGUGCCCCAGCCUGGUUCUCCUGUUCUGGGUGGCUGGACAUGAACCGGCAUAGGGUAACCUCACCAGGAUGCCCACAGAUGCCCAGCCGGCAGAGCCUACCCCACCCUCAGGAAUCCUUGCUUUGCCAGGGGUCUGCCAGUGGACAACCUUGGCGAGCAAGGUCAAGGGCUAGAGCCCAGGGAUGAGAGCAUCCAGGGGAGAUGUGAACCUGGCCCGCAGCCCGCUGACCCGUCGCUGAAGCAGGCCCCCAGGCUGGGCCUGCCCCACCCCUGGCCCAGCAUGCGCUUGUCCGUGCGGAGGCUGCUACUGGUGGCUGGCUGUGCCCUGGCCUUGGUGCUGGCAGUCCAGCUGGGCCAUCAGGUGCUGGAGUGCCGGGCGGUGCUGGCAGGCCCGCGGAGUCCCUGGCAGGCCAUGCGGCCGGAGCAGGAGGAGCUGGUGAUGGUGGGCACGAACCAUGUGGAAUACCGCUAUGGCAAGGCCAUGCCGCUCAUCUUCGUGGGCGGCGUGCCUCGCAGUGGCACCACACUGAUGCGCGCCAUGCUGGACGCCCACCCUGAGGUGCGCUGUGGAGAGGAGACCCGCAUCAUCCCCCGUGUGCUGGCCAUGCGUCAGGCCUGGUCCAAGUCAGGCCGUGAGAAGCUGCGGCUGGAUGAGGCGGGCGUGACGGACGAAGUGCUGGAUGCUGCCAUGCAGGCCUUCAUCCUGGAGGUGAUCGCCAAGCACGGUGAGCCAGCCCGCGUGCUGUGUAACAAGGACCCCUUCACGCUCAAGUCCUCCGUCUACCUGUCGCGCCUUUUCCCCAACUCUAAGUUCCUACUGAUGGUGCGGGAUGGCCGGGCUUCCGUGCACUCCAUGAUCACACGCAAGGUCACCAUUGCGGGCUUUGACCUCAGCAGCUACCGUGACUGCCUCACCAAGUGGAACAAGGCCAUUGAGGUGAUGUACACCCAGUGCCUGGAGGUGGGCAGGGACAAGUGCCUGCCCGUGUACUAUGAGCAGCUGGUGCUGCACCCGCGGCGCUCCCUCAAGCUCAUCCUUGACUUCCUUGGCAUCGCCUGGAGCGACGCCGUCCUGCACCACGAGGACCUCAUUGGCAAGCCGGGCGGCGUCUCCCUGUCCAAGAUUGAACGGUCCACGGACCAGGUCAUCAAGCCUGUAAACCUGGAAGCACUCUCCAAGUGGACGGGCCACAUUCCUGGGGAUGUGGUGAGAGACAUGGCCCAGAUUGCCCCCAUGCUGGCUCGGCUCGGCUAUGACCCCUAUGCAAACCCGCCCAACUACGGCAACCCUGACCCUAUUGUCAUCAACAAUACACACCGGGUCUUGAAAGGGGACUACAAAACACCAGCCAAUCUGAAAGGAUAUUUUCAGAUCUCUGCAAGUGGCUUUCUGUGGCCAAGAAGAGAAGAAACUUGGAAUUCGAGUGGAAAUCGGACCUCUAAUCCAAGCAUAUUGCUUGCUAUUAAUCGCCAAAACGGGACUGCAAAUGAGGAAUGGCUUUGCAUAUGUUUGCAAAAGCGGAAUCUUUGAAAACUUAACCUUGAAGCUCUCUUAUCUUUGGACACGCGAGGGCAGAGAGCAAAGCCUGGGGAAGUAGUCCAGCUUUUGAAACUUAGGUAUUUUAUGUUUUUCCCCUCAAGAACUUUUUUUUUUAGGAAGUGGAUCUGCCGUCCUUGUUAAUUUGUGGGACUGCCUUGGUGGCUUUGUUUGCCGGGGGAAGGCCCACAGCCUGUGCCUCUCCUAUUCACCCUGACUUUGAAUUCAAAGAAUCUAUUUAAGAAUUUAAUAUAUGAGGUUUUCUUUGAUUCCUCUUCACUUCUAUUUUGUUUCACAGAGGGGGAAAAAAAAACUGAAUAAAAUGAACAGGGGCUCA